AGCUACCACGCGGGAGACCGGGGCAAAAGGGCUCCUCAAUUGCAGUAACCAACGACAUCAACGCUUUGUCAAUCAUAACCAUAACGACUGACCAGGAGCCAAACCAGAUAAACCUCAAGCCCUGUGUAACAUCGAGAAGAAACAAACCAAACACUUCAGCUUCGCCGCUGUCUCGGCGACUAAAUAAAUCAUAAUGGCCGGCGGUGCGAUGAGAUACCGGACGCUGGGCCGGAGUUCAGCACACCGUCAAGCCCUCCUUCGCAACCUUGUCACAUCUCUCAUCAAGCAGGAGCAAAUACACACGACAUGGCACAAGGCAAAGGAGGCACAGCGUCUGGCCGAGCAUGUGAUAACGCUGGCAAAGAAGAACACUGAAUCGAGCAAGAGGGACGCAAUGGCCAUUCUCUACUCACCACACGAACAUAUCGACAAGCUCAUGAACGACCUCCGCGAGCGCUACCAGAACCGCGAGGGGGGCUACACUCGUGUCCUGCGAACAGAGCCCAAGAACAAGUACGACCAGGGUGAAUCUGCCAUCCUCGAGCUCGUCGAUGGGCCCAAAGACAUGCUGUAUGCCAUAACGGCUGCCGCCGUGGCCAGGGACCGCGCUCUCGGUCGUCCUCACACGUCACUGCUGCUGCAUAACCUGGCCAAAGUCACUCGCUUCCGCGGCGACAACGCCAAGGCAGAUUUCGAGGCCAUGGUCGAGCGUAUGGCAGCGUUAGAACUCAGCAAGGCCAGGAAGGCUGAGCCGCUGACCAAGAUGAGCCUCUCAGACUCAUCUGAACCCCGGCCGAGCGCCUAUAGUGUUGUCCCGAGGGUAGAGAAGACUUGGAGGUAAAAGAAAGAAUGGGAGAUGUUCCGUUGCACGCGUGCAUCUCGGUUCAGAUGUAUCAUACUACCAUUACGGACACACAUAGGGAUCUUGAACCUAGCGACACCCCCCCCCCCCCCAACCUAGCCUAGGGGGAGCCUGUACAUUACAUAGCUGUACUACUGCAAUCUAGAAGCCCUUGGAGAAAAAAUACCAGGCAUGUUAUCAAUACAACAUCGGCUAUUUUGAUAUUCGUCUGGUUGUAGCACCUUCGUGCGGCUUGUAUCUUGACCCUAGACAAAAUCAAACGUAUCCCCCU